UUCAGGUUGUGCACAAAAGUAAUUUACAAUGUGGUGGUUUUUCCUCCUUUUACUUUUCACCCCCAUUGUCUUUUUUAUUUUUUUAUAUCGAACUCAGAAACACUGGGAGAGGAGAGGACUGAAGCAGAAGAAUAUGGGCCUCACGAUACCAGACAACUGGGCCGAAAGUAAAUACCCCAUCACUUUUCCUGAUUACGUUCUAAAAUUUUACGAAAUGUUCCCCACCAGAAGGUACGUGGGUUAUUACACCUUGUCGAACCCGAGCCUUUUCAUCCGUGACCUCGACCUAAUCAAGCAAAUCAUAGUCAAAGACUUUGAGUAUUUCACUGAUCACCAGCACUUUAUUUGGGAGGAGAACGACCCUCUCUGGAGCCAAAACCUCUUCUCCUUGAAGGGCCAAAAGUGGCGCGAAAUGCGUACGACCCUCAGCCCCACGUUCACCAGCAGCAAAAUCAAAUACAUGUUCACUCUAGUACUGAAAAACGGCGAGCAAUUCGUUCAGUAUUUCCUCGACAAAAACGAGGAUUUCAUGCAAUUUGAAAUGAAGGAUAUUUUCACGCGUUUCACUAACGACGUUAUCGCCAGUAGUGCGUUUGGCGUUGAAUUCGACUCCUUGCGAGAGCCGGAGAACGAGUUUUAUUUGAUGAGCAAAGCUGUGACUGAUUUUACCGGAUUUUGGAAAAUUCUGGCCGGCUCUUUGUACUUUCUGAUGCCUUCGGUCGCAAAGUUUUUCAAUAUAAGUUUGUUUCCGAAGAAAGGGAGCGAUUUUUUCAACAAUUUGGUCAAAAGUAACAUUCAAAGUCGUCUCCAACAUGGAAUUGUGCGUCCAGACAUGAUCAAUAUUAUGCUAGAAGCGCGCAAACAUGGCCUCAAACACGAGGAAACCCCGACGCAAGACACCGGUUUUGCCACAAUUGAAGAAUCCGAAAUUGGCAAAAGUGGGAAAGUUAAGAAGGAAAUAACCGACGAUGACAUCACUUCCCAAGCUCUCGUUUUUAUUUUCGCCGGUUUUGAGACCGUUUCCUCAAUGAUGUGCUUUCUGAGCUACGAACUUGCCCUUAAUCCCGACAUCCAGAAACGCCUCAUCCAGGAAAUCGACCAAACUCUGGACUCAUGUGAUGGCCACGUGACCUAUGAGGCUCUCAUGGGUAUGAAAUACCUCGACAUGGUCUUGACGGAAAGUCUCCGGAAAUGGCCGGUUUCGGCCGGUAUGGACCGCGUUUGCACCAAGGAGUACGUGAUCGAGCCAAAACUACCCGGGGAAAACCCGGUGAGGGUCGACAAGGGUACUACGAUCUUGGUUCCAGUUUUUGCCAUCCAACGGGAUCCGAAAUAUUAUCCAAAUCCGGAGAAAUUUGAUCCGGAACGGUUCAGUGAUGGGAAUAAGGGGAAAGUCGUACCUUAUACGUUUAUGCCUUUUGGGGCCGGACCAAGGAGUUGCAUUGGGACAAGGUUUGCGAUUAUGGAAACCAAAGUUUUGUUUUUCUCGAUCUUGAGGCAUUUUGAGAUCGUGAGAGUGGAGAAAACAGCGGUGCCGAUUAGGGGGAUCCCCCAGCAAAUUACCUUGUCUUCGGCUGAUGGGUUCUGGUUAGGUUUCAAGCGAAGGGUUAAGGUCUAGGGGGAAAUUUUAGUGAAAUAAAAUUGGAUUAUAA